AUAGCAAAGACAAGAUGCAAGAGGUGAACACCAUGACUGGCUGGUCCAACUUGUUCGUGAAGGUCGGCAUACUCAUUCUGUGCUGGAGUGUGGGAUCAGGAGACUUGUGCAAUAUCAAGAAUCUAGAAGUGGAUUGCAAGUUCAUAUAUGAAGACUUGGGCAUUGUUCAAGUCUCUGGAGUUGUACAUCUUCCAGAUGGAAAGUUGGGUCCUGCCAACUUGACGCUUACCAUUAAUGUAGUUUCACAUCAGCUGGAAUGGGAGCACGAUUUUGCAGUUUGCCAUGGCAAAAAGGUGACCCACAUUCCAAGCCUGAUGGUGCAUGGAUUUCCAGUCAUGGUCAGGAUGGAAUUUGAACCAGAUAUAUCUCAACCCCAUGUUGACACCAAGGCGAUACAUGCCUUUGGUUACAUGGAAGGAGAGGGUGGAGAGAGGAAGUACCAGUUCCUGAGGUCAAUCAUCUUGCCCAACUGGGACCUAGUGAAUCUUGAGAUGCUUCCCCCAUGUGCCGUUAAAAAUGCCUCAGAUAUCCAUUCACGCCUGAUGGACGUUGAGUUACAGCUGAAAAAUCUGAAGUCAGAUAUGUCAACAUAUACUUCUGUAUUA